UGGCUGGAGCUGGCCUCUGCACCCUUUCCAGAUUAUUGCCUGGUUGCUGUACCUCUUCUUUGCGCUGGUUGGCUUUGGGAUCCUCGUUCCUCUCCUGCCCCUCCACUGGCUGCCCGCUGGCUAUAUCAAAUAUUACAGGCAGAAUCUUGGGAGAAGUUCUGAAAAUAUGCUCCUGGGAUAUGCACUUCUGCAAUUUGUACACGCGGUGUUCAUAUAUUCAUAUGUCCACACACCCUUUGAUAUUAUUGCGACUGAUGCUUUUGCUUAUAGUUUAAUUACACUUGCAUGAUUUAGGCAUUGUUAAUAUCCUUAGCUCACAGUUGUCUUACAACUACCUAUCUUACUGAAGUCCUUGGUAUUAUCAAGGCUUGAACUUCAUAAAUUUGUAUGCCAGAUAUCUUCAUAACUCAGUCUAAAGUCGUUCUAACUCAUCAGAUUAAUGUAUCCCAAAGCUUUACUACCAGUUAUUACAGCACAAAUGUCUCUCUCUCUCUUUUUUUUUUUUUUUUUUUAUUUCCUUACAACACUUCUGUGUUUUCCAUAGACUUUAAUAUGAUCAAUGAUGUGUUUAUAUCUGGUUUUAUAGCAAAUAAACUGGAAGAUUAAUGGUUGCAUGCAUGCUCGUCUAUCGCAAUAUAUUGAGAAGCAAACUCUGGAGCACAGUGAUUUUCCAGAUACGUAAAGCUGCUGCUUUGUAGUCUUUCCAAAUAUUGGCACUCACUUGAGGUUUGAUCAAAAGUGCUUCUAAAGCUUAUUUGCUCUAACUUGCUACUGAGUUUGGAAUUAAGAAUCCAAACAGAUAAUAGUUGGAGAAACAAAUGAGAAAUUUGGGGUAUUCUCUGUCUGUAAAUUCUGUAGGACCCUACUUGAAAGGGGUGAUCCUCUUGCUUGGGAUUCAGAGUAAAGAAAAGGAAAACAAGGUGAUUGGUACUGGUUACUUGAUGUGACUUUUUUUUCUCUUUUUUGGAAGUUUGGUCUUGUGAAGGGGCAUGUGCACGGCCUUAACUGACUGUUCCUUUCCAAGGAUUCUCUAUGGACUAAGAAGGGUGGACCUAUGUCAACAGCCUGCACAUGGGGUCAGAUGCUGUUGUUCAUCUUACUGCAGUCUCCAUUGAUCCUGCGGAUGCAAAUGUGCGAGAAAAAAACUAUCUAGGGCCUCUGGCCACCUUCAAUCGUAAUCAACAUGCACAUGUCAUUGAAAACCAUCAUUGCCAUGUCUGUGAUGUAAAUGUGAGUGCCAAAUCAAAGCACUGUGGAACUUGCAAUAAAUGUGUGUGUGGCUUUGAUCACCACUGCAAAUGGCUCAACAACUGUGUGGGAGAGAGGAAUUACUGGUUCUUUUUGAAUAGUGUGCUGUCUGCCAUUCUGGGCCUUGGGCUUCUGCUGCUCGUUGCUUGCUACGUCUUUGUGGAGUUCUUCAUUAACCCCACGAUGCUUCGCUCUGACCAGCACUACAAAGUUCUAAAGAACCACACGGAUGUCUGGUUUGUGUUCCUUCCUGCUGCUCCUGUUGAGACUGGGGCUCCAGCCAUUUUGGUUCCAGCUGGGACUUUUAUUCUACUGAGCCUAGUGACCGUGUUCCUGCUAGGCCACCUCUUGACCUUUCACAUCUAUCUGAUGUGGAACAAGCUGACUACAUAUGAGUACAUCCUGCAGCAGCGUCCCCAGCAAGAGACCAAAGAAGCAGACAAGCAACUGGAAUCUUGUCCCUCCCAAGUGAUCCCCAGUCAGGAAGCAGACUUUUUUUCAGGUAACCCCGGCUAUACAGACCCUGGUAUUCAAGUAGAGGACUUUACAGCAGUAACUGCAGGAAAAGGCUUUUCAAAGCUCUACGCCCACAAUGAUGAAGCUGAUCCUGAGCAGACCACCUCUCCUGACCUCCCAUCUCUUCACUUUGCAGUCCCUUCACAGAGACAGAAGAAAAGACGAAAGAAGACGCACAAGACUUCUUCUUCAGCAACAGAGAGCAGAUCUAAACCACAUGCUAGACCUUGGCCCUCUUUCCCAGGUCCUCAGUCAGAGUUUCCAGCCACAGCUGCUGCCACCUCCUCUUCCCACAGCCUUCGCCUCGUAGUGCCAGCUUUCCCUCUGAGAGCUGCUGUGCCCCCCAGCAGCACUGGCCCCAUCCAGGCGGCGGGACCCCCAGCUGACUAUCACUCAGAGUCUGCUGAGUCCAUGGAUGAAAUUCCUGUGGCUCAGACUCGCCUUGGGAGCACAGCCCCUCAUGGUCCUUCUAAGAACAGCUCAAGCAAUGCUCAGCAUUAUCCUGUGUCCACGGACAAUCCCAGAGGUGACAAGGAGAAGAAUCUGUAUUCUGGGCACAAGGUAAAAAGGAAAAGGUGCCAGCAAGACAGACACGUAGAACAAGACCUGGAACUUUUUUCUAAGGUCCCUGCUGUGUUUGUAAGUAAGAGCAGUGGAGAACCUCAACUGUCACAGCCCCAGCCUGCUGGGAACACAUCUGAGCCACAUCACAGAAAAUGCACCAGCAAGCAACAUUUGGGCAGACAUAAACCAAGCUUAAAGGACAUAAGGACAAACACCACAGUGGCCUAGUGAUCAGCCUUCCAAAGCCAUACCCUUUCGGAAUGAGACAAGAGGUUCUCUUUCUAUCUGUAUGUUGCUGUUCAAAGAUCUUGACUCCAGAAACUCAUUCUCUGGAGGUAGCAGCAUCCCUUUACAUGAUGCUGACCAUCUUCCAGCACACCUAGCUGAGAGGCAGAAAAAAAAUCUGCAGCAUCAUUUUUUUUUUCUGCCUGCUGCAUCUUCCUAAGCCAGGUGUGCCCCUGAGCCCAAUUCCACUCUCCUUGUCAAGGGGAACAGAACUGCCCUGGCAGGGAUGCGCCCAGGGCAGCCUCUGGCCCUCAGCCAGUGUUAGCACUCUGUAGAGCACUGAGGGCCUCAUCCCUGCACUGUGUGCAUGCCAUCACACCACAGUGAGACAUGUCUUGCUGCCUGGCUAAAGGCAACAGGUAAUAAGGAGAUAAACCUGAGGUAGGCGCCUUGAGAAGCUGCUAGAGAGAACUCAGUGUUUUCCAUAGGAAGGGGCUGUCCCUUCCCGGCCCUCUGCAGACCAGUACUGCAGUAACUUUUGGUGUGUGGGAAAAA